ACCCGAAAAAAAAUCAAGUCAGAUUUUUUUCCUCGGUUCCUCUUUUGUCCUUUUUUUCUAUCUCUUUACCUUCAUUUCGGUGCCAUGGCCAUGAUUGAACAAGGGAACGGUACAUUCCCUCCGUGGGAUCCGUCAGACGUUCUGGACUGGACGAGUCCAGUGUUUAUCGCUCCCACCGUCCUGUUAGCGACCUCGGUUCUUCUUUGCUCAGCUUGCCUACUUCAGACUCGCGAUAAACCAUGGAUGGAUAUCCAUACCCUUCGUGCCAGUGGAAAACUAUCCAUCUUGUCUGCUUUUUUGAUGCCGUUCAGCUUUGUUGUGACAGUCAGCUUCCUGGUAGAUGCUGGUAUUAUCAUCGCACGUGUAUUCAAGGACGAACAAUGGACCUCGACCCUCCUGUCAUAUUAUAUUGGCUUAUCGUGGCUUGCAUGGGCCAUCAGUUUCAUCUCUUUUACCGAUGGUUUGCUCAAACUCGGACAUUGGCACUGGGCGCAACCAGUGUUUUGGAUGGCAGCGUUUGUGUGUGAGACCGUCGUCGGAUUACCAUGGCUGGAAAGUUACGUUGGAGACGAUUCAGCAAAACAUACAUGGGAUGCCAUAUUGAUCAGCAUUCUCGCCGGUCGUUACGCGCUGGAGUGUCUGCUUGUGGUCUCGUCCAUCAUUUACUUGCUCACCCGUUUAUGCACCCGUCAUUCUGCCACAUCCGACGAAAGAACGCCGCUUUUAACCACGGCAACGACGACGACCAAUGAAAACGACCUAGCCACAAGCUCCAAUACGUCCUCAAAAAAAUCCACGUUUGCCGACUAUGCCAGCAAAAUGAAAAAAAUCUUUCCCUACUUGUGGCCACGACAUCAUCCGCGUCUUCAAUUUUUCGUAUGUUGCUGCUUUUCGCUCAUGGUGUUGGGUCUCGCCAUCAAUGUGUGGACCCCACUCCAGAUCGGUACUGUCGUGGAUAAAAUUGGCCAAGGUAAAUUUGCUUGGGCCGCCGUGUUGGGCUACGUAGGCUUCAAGUUUGUGCAAGGAAGUUCUGGCUUGGUUCAAUCCGUACAGAAUUGGUUAUGGAUUCCUAUUUCGCAAUAUAUUACCCGUCAAAUUUCUCUGGAAUUAUUUACGCACCUGCACAACCUGUCUCUCGGGUUUCACAUCAAUCGAAAGACAGGUGAAGUGCUCCGAGUCAUGGAUCGUGGCACAAGCAGUGUCGUACAACUAUUGCAACAGAUUCUCUUCCAGAUCUUCCCAGCAUUGGCCAAUGUCGUCCUCGCCGUCUUUGUUUUCGCGGUGCGAUUUUCUCCACCCUUUGGCCUGAUUGUCUUUGUAACCAUGUCACUGUACUUGACUAUCACAAUCGUGUUGACAGAAUGGCGAACAAAGUAUAGACGGAAAAUGAUCGAAUUGGACAAUUCGACCCGGGCCAAGGCCGUCGACUCAUUGUUGAACUUUGAAACCGUCAAAUAUUAUGGAGCGGAAAACUUUGAAAUCGAUCGUUACAAAGCAGCUAUUGCGCAAUACCAGGAAGCCGAUUGGAAGACAUCCAGCUCCUUGAAUAUUCUUAAUCUUGCGCAGAAUGCGGUUAUUACGGGCGGUUUACUAGCCGGCUGCUUGUUAUUUGCUUGGGAAGUUUCGGAAAAUCGCUUGACUGCAGGCGACUUUGUAGCAUUCAACAUGUACAUGAUGCUGCUCUACACUCCGCUACACUGGUUUGGCACGUAUUAUCGCAUGAUCCAGUCCAAUUUCAUUGACAUGGAAAAAAUGUUUGCCCUCUUUGAAGAACACCAGGUCAUCAAAGAUGCGCCGGACGCCCAAGACUUGGUUGUAGAGGAAGGUCAAGUUGUCUUUGAAAACGUCUGCUUUACCUAUGAUAAACGUCAAACGGCAUUGAACAACAUCUCUUUUUCUGUACCCAAAGGAGCUACAGUGGCCUUGGUCGGUCCAUCGGGAGCAGGUAAAUCGACCAUCAUGCGCUUACUGUUCCGAUUUUAUGAUCCGGAUUCGGGCCGCAUUACGAUCGAUGGUCAAGAUAUUCGUCAAAUUAAGCAAACGUCUUUGCGAAAGAACAUUGGUGUCGUGCCUCAGGAUACCGUUCUUUUCAACGAUACCAUUUAUUACAAUAUCCGAUACGGCGACGUGAACGCUUCCAAAGAGGCGGUUGAACACGCUGCUCAAGCGGCUCAGAUUCACGACAAAAUCUUGACAUUCCCUGACGGCUAUGAUACCAUGGUAGGCGAGCGAGGUUUGCGUCUCAGUGGGGGUGAAAAGCAGCGAGUGGCUAUCGCUCGUACGAUUUUGAAGAAUCCGCCUAUCAUUCUCCUUGACGAAGCCACCAGUGCGCUGGACAGCACGACAGAACGACAGGUGCAACAAGCGUUUUCGGAAAUGACAAAGAAUCGAACGACUCUCGUGAUUGCGCACCGUUUAUCGACAAUUGUCAAUGCGGAUCUCAUUCUGGUGGUGAAGAAUGGCGAGAUUGUUGAAUCCGGUAGUCACGAGGAACUUUUACGAUACGGCGUCGAUGGUGUCUACUAUGAGAUGUGGCAAAAGCAACUCCACAAUGACAACGACAGCCAAAGCGAUACCCAAUACGAAAUUGAUACGGAAAGUUUCAAGGAAAGAAGCUUUGAUAAGAUGGUGAAUGAUAUACCCUCUGCCGAUAAACAGAGUAUCCACAUGGAACGCAGUGCUGACAAAACGCCGCAUGUACCUGAACCAUCAAAUCAAACAACCGAUGGUCAGACCAAGGCAGCUCAUUCAGUACACGAUGCGAAAUCAGAAGUCGACUCUGUCAAACAAGGCAGCCGUUCUGUAUCGGCGAGCACGACUCCCAAUGGAGAAGCGACCCAUGUGGCGUCCCCCUAUACCAAUGCAGUGGCUGACAGUGAGAAUGAAAGCAGAAAUGUCACCUCCGCAUCUUGCGAUGCCAAAGCGCCGAAAGAAUUCUCGUACGCUGCUGUAGCGGACGAAUCCAAGGUCAUAAGUACAGGUGGCGCAUCCGAUGAACAAAGCAGCAAGCCAGCGGAUAUCAUCAAAUCAUCGUUGGUCGCUGACCGAGGAUUCUCUUACGCAGAGAUAACCGACAGUACAAAGGAAACACAUGGCACAUCAUCUGAGCAAAAGGAUGAUCUCGUCGACGACGCCACAGAUUCUGGCAAGACUGAUAAAGCCUUUUCCUAUGCUGAGGUAGCCGACGAUACCAAGGAGACGACCCAGGGCGUAUCGGCAACAUCUGGGCAAAAUGAUCGUGUUGUCAACGCCAAAGCAGCAUCCAGAAAGGACGAUAAAACCUUUUCUUAUGCGGAAGUAGCCGACGAUACCAAGGAGACGACCCAGGACUCAUCGCCAGCGUCUAAGGAAAAAGAUAGUAUCGAACGCACAGCAUCUAGCAAGACUGACAGGGCCUUUUCCUAUGCUGAAGUAGCCAAUGAAACCAAGAAGAUUACAGGGGACGCAUCGGCAGCGCCUGAGGAAAAGGAGAAUAAUCAAUGCACAGCAUCUGGCAAGGCUGACAAGGAAAGUUUCUCCUACGCCGACGUAACCAAGGAAACCAAACACACCACAACUACCACUACUACUACCACGACCACCACCACCUACUCAUCCUCAUCCUCAGCGUCCUCUAACAAAGAGGCUGCUCGGCGAGUCACUCUACCGGAAAUGUCGACUCAAGGGCGUGAAAAGUUGACAGUGGACUGCCAGGCUCCAGCCAAGCAAGAGGAAAGCAGCCAGUUGGUGUCCUCACCGACGGAAUUAAACCCUGAUAUCACUUCCAUUCCUGCUCCAAGAGAUAUGGCGGCUCCACAGCCCACUCCUAGCAAAAGUACAAAAACUAAGAGGAAAAAGAAGAAGAGCAGAGGCAACAAAACGACCUUCUAAAACGAAUCAUGAACGGUUAAAAGAGUCACACUUAGGCGCAUCUCAAAAAAAAAAGGUGUUCGAAACUCAGCACCACUUUGCUGUGAUUCAAAAAAAGAGUACCAUUUGCUUUUCCCAAAAACUGCAUU